AUGAGCUGCGGGAAUUUGGGCCCGAAUCACGAGAUUGAAAAAUCAAUCCAUAUAUAUGUGCCGAGGAACUUGAAGGAUAGGCCAUUUUCUCCAACCAUGCAACACUCUUCCAUCGACAGACAUGUCGAGUCCGACACACGUUUCACUCGUGGAAUGUGGGAAUACAAAAAUGGCAUUACUAUCAGAUGGGCCAAUGACGUUGUGAAAAUGGAGCAGCGUGACAAUGGUGUGCACCAAGUGGCAGCAACUUUGCCUGUUCGCAAUAGAGGCGACACCUUGAACAAUCCGCUGAUCACUUCGCGCUUGUUUUCACCGCGGCAAGGCGUGAUUGGCUUCGAAGCGUGUCACCACAAAUCUCGUUUUGCGCGGUCGCGCGAGCCACGCUUCGACUUGCACCCAGACGCAGAAUUUGCACCCAAAGUCACCAGCACGAAGGAGCAUUUUACAGUCGAGUCAGGCAGCACUACUGCCGAGUCAGACGCAGCCAAGUUUGGGGUUCGCUUCAAUCACGCAGGCAAGCGCUUGACAGAAUUGGGUUUCCGCUCUGUUGGCUGGGUCGACGAUGCUCGGUUUGGGAAAAAGUACAUGACUGCGCAGCUCCAGGUGGGCGUGGGCGAGAAGUUGUACGGCUUUGGCGAGCGGUUUGGCCCCUUUGUGAAAAACGGCCAGCGCAUCGAAACUUGGAAUGAAGACGGUGGAACUUCGUCCGAAUGGGCAUACAAGUCCAUUCCAAUGUACGUUUCCAACAGAGGAUACGCUGUGUUGGUGGACAGCGCCCUGAACGUAGUGUUCGAGGUGCAGAGUGAGCGCACCACCCGAGUCAACAUCGCCGUGGAAGGCGAGGGAAUUAGACUCUAUGUGGUGGGCGGCGACGAUCUCAAGCAGGUUUUGGAUAGAUACACGAGCUUGACGGGAAAACCAGCAUUGCCUCCGCCAUGGACGUUUGGGCUCUGGUUAACCACGUCGUUCACCACUGACUACGACUUGAAAACCGUAUCGCUGUUCUUGCAGGGCAUGAAGGAUCGCCAGAUUCCUCUUCACACGUUCCACUUUGACUGUUUCUGGGAUGGAAGGGCUUCCAGUGGUGCGACUUUGAGUUUGACCAGGGACAACUUCCUUCGACGCUAA